AUGGCCACCGAAGGGGCUGAGAUCAAGGAUGAGCAGCUUCCAACUGCCCAUGAAGGAGGUGGCGAUGAUGAGGAGGAGAUCGCCGCGAUGAAAAAGCGUGUUGCUGAAAUGGAAAGCGAAGCCGCCAAGCUACGUGAGAUGCAGGAGACACUGGACCAGCAAUCAGAGAGCCUGGCAGAGAACAAGGAGGAGGUUGAUGCUCGAAGCAUCUUCGUCGGGAAUGUCGACUAUGGCGCGUCACCAGAAGAGAUCCAGGCACACUUUCAGAGCUGCGGCUCAAUCAACCGAGUGACCAUCCUCCUGGACAAGUUCACUGGGGGCCCAAAGGGAUACGCAUACGUCGAGUUUGCUGAGCCCAGCCUUGUGGCCCAAGCCUUGGUGUUGAACGAGAGUGUUUUCCGUGGUCGUAAUCUGAAGGUCACUCCCAAGCGCACCAACCUCCCUGGCAUGAACCGCGGCCGUGGCCGUGGGCGUGGCGGUCGCGGUGGUCGAGGAUACCGUGGAGGUUAUCGCGGUGGUUUCCGGGGUCGUGGCCGUGGCUUCACGCCGUACUAA